AUGAUACAAUAUUCUGAAUUAUGUCUUAAACCAGCAGAGGCCGUACUAAAGUCACUUGAAAAACACAAUUGGUAUUUAAAUGAAAGAUUUGUGAUUAUGUGUCUCGCUGAUAAAUGCUUACCUGUAGAUCAGCUACAUAAAUUAGCUCUUAAAUUAGCUCAAACAGCAAAGCCUACGAAAUGGCUGAAAAUCAGUUCAUCAAACUGGGAAACAUGUUCAGGUUAUAUAAGAUUUAAAAAUUAUAUCACUGGUCUUCUUGUUGUAAAUGACAGUGCAGAACUUGCAUUUAAACUUGAUCAAGACUUUAUUGAAAUUUUCCGAAACGAAGAAGAUAACCAAGCAACUUUACUGCGACUAAAUUCAGACAUUGAACACAGUCAUGGUGCUUGGUAUAGUGAGGCAGUUGUAUUGACAGCUAGUGUUAGUGUUUAUGAGCACAAGCCUCGUACAAUAGGAAAACAGCUUAAUCAAAAUAAUUGUCCUAGUGAAUCUAUUAAUGAGUAUUACAAGAAAAAAGUAUUGAGAAAUUUGUUGCAGAUUUACUUGAAAAAAAAACAAAGCAAUGCAAACUUAGAUAAAACCAAAACACUUUUGAAAAAACAAGAGAAAAACUUUGCGUCUUUAACAGCUGGGAACUUUAAAAUGUUCACUGAGAGACUUGACAAGUACGAAAAAGAAAAUAUAAAUAACCUAAUAAAAAUAAUUAAAUUCGAAAAUGAUUUAGAACAAACAAAUAAAAAGGUCGUCUCCGUAGAAAAUGAUUUACUUGAAAUAAAAAAAUUUAAUCAAACCAAUAACGAUAUUGCUUCAGAAAAAUUUGAACUUGUGAAAUCAAAAACAAAAGAGAUAAGUUCGAAGCUAAAAGACAACAGCGAGAUAUUAAAAGUAAAAAUUAAGCUUAGAGAAGUAGAAGAUAGAUCCAGAAGAAACAAUCUGAGAGUCGAUGGUUUAAAAGAAAACAAAAAUGAAAGUUGGAGUGAUAGUGAGGCUAAAGUGUUAAAAUUAUUUGAAGAAACUCUUGGGUUAAAAGGUAUAAAAAUAGAAAGGGCACAUAGAACUGGUUCUCGAGACAAUAAAAAAGUCAGAUCCAUAGUUUUGAAAUUGCUCAAUUACAAAGACAAGGAAAACAUUCUAAAAAACUGUCGGAAAUUGAAAGAGGAAAAUAUUUAUGUUAAUGAGGGUUAUUGCGUGGAGACGAUGCUAAUUAGAAAAGAACUACGGGCGGGCAUGAAAAAAGGACGAGAAGCUGGAAUGUUUGCGUAUAUUUCAUACGACAAGUUGGUGGUUCGCGAAUGGUCUCGAAAAGCAACCGAUAAUAACUCUGAUAAUCAUACUGAAACCUUAUUAGAAAGUGAAUACUAUUCAAUACUUGAAUCUACUCAAUAUCUCUUUCAUCAAAUGCGCGAUAUUUGCGUUGGUGGUGGUAUAAGCAUUCACAAUUCUAUUGAUUUUAUUCAACGUAAAGAUCUUAAUGUAAACAAUACAUAUUGUGAGGCAUUAUGCGUUGAGAUAAUAAAUAAAUUAGCUAAAAAUCUCAUAAUCAAUGCUAUUUAUAGAACGCCAGCUGGUAGUUUAAAAACAUUCAAAACUUAUCUGCGCACAUUCCUAAACACUAAAAAUAUAUUGCAAAAGCAUGUUUACGCAGUUGGGGAUAUCAACAUUGACUUACUCAACCAUGCCUUAAAUAGUGAAGCAAAAACUUUUAUUGAUAUUCUUCUCGAAUACAACCUUAUCCCAACUAUAAACAAAGCAACAAGAAUAACUAAAAAUUCAUCGACAUUAUUAGAUAAUGUUAUUACUAACAAUUUUCAUAAUAGCCGUUUUAAAAAUGGUAUAAUCAAUACUGAUUUAACUGAUCAUUUCCCUAUAUUCCUUAUUACUGAGAGCGUCACUCUAAAUAAUGCUACUCACAAAUCAACAGUAUUCAUGAGACAAAUCAAUGAAAAUUCCAUAUGCCAAUUUAAAAAUUUAUUAAAUAAUUACGUCGAUUGGAAUCUUGUACUGCAAUCACACGAUGUAAAUAAUGCUUAUGAUUUAUUUCUAAACCAAUUUUCUAAAAUAUACUUGAAUCCUUUUGUGUUUGCUAUUAAGUGUUUUGAUAACAAUUGGGCAUUGGCAUUAUCGUGGGGUCAAAUUGGUAUUGAUAAAAUAAAUAAGUAUAAGGGAUUUAGACACCGAUAUUAG